AUGGUCGUGCCAAAGGAGUCCUCGUUAUAUAAUAACGAAAAUAUUAUUGUUUUUCGUCUUCAGUGGUUCGGAUAUUUCAAAGAAGGAGACCUAGAGACGAUAGUACCGAUGAACGAAACGACAUUAUACACAGAGGACCGAAUCGGCUUGAAAAAACUACAAGAAACGGGUCGAUUGCAUUUUCUCGAAGUAGAGGGCGAUCAUUUGAGGAUCAGCACUGAAGAGUUUAAAAAGGAAGUAAUUGACAAGUAUUUGAAAUGA